UUUUCUGGGUUGUGAUGCAUUAAAUUAGGCUAUGAGCGCUUCCUUCCACUCUCUUUCCAAUAUGUAAUUCACUAUAAACCUGUUAUUCGACUCUAUACAGUCUGAGAUCCUGAAAGCGUCAUUAAAUUAACUUUAAAAAAGUUGUGGGUGAAAUAACUAUAUAAAUACUUUUAAUUUUCUUCCUGUUUGUUCGUCUGAGACUUUCAAAGGUUAUAAAAUUCAGGAACGUUCUCUUUGAGAGUAUAUGAUUCGACUGACGUGAUUUCACCGGAUUAGAUAAUGGCGGUGUUGUUUAGUAUGUUGAUGUGCUAAUGAAUGUCGUGUGAAUUACUUUGUUUCUCUUUUACUUUACAUGUUUAAAUUAUAGUAAAACAAGCAAUACAAUAAUGGAUCACAGAUCAAGAAAGAGGAUUAGAGAAGUGAAAAAGAAAGCUAGACCAGAAUUGAAUGACAAAGGAGACUGGUCUUUGCUGGGAUAUGUAGACCAUUUUGAUUCAUUUUCGACUGUUAAUGACAAUGUUGAAAGAAUUCAUGUGAAAGAUUUUCCUCCUAGUGAAUUUAUAGAAAAGUAUGAGAGACUGUACAAGCCAGUGGUUAUUUGUGGAAUUCAGGAUAAUUGGAAAGCAAAGCAUAAAUGGACUUUGGAGAGGCUGGCUAAAAAAUAUCGAAACCAGAAGUUCAAAUGUGGUGAAGACAAUGAAGGUUACAGUGUUAAGAUGAAAAUGAAGUAUUACAUUCAGUACAUGACAACUACUCAGGAUGAUAGCCCACUUUAUAUAUUUGAUAGCAGCUUUGGUGAGCAUGCCCGCCGCAAGAAACUCCUUCAGGAUUAUGAAGUGCCAGUAUAUUUCCGCGAUGACCUGUUCAAGUACGCCGGAGAGGAACGUCGUCCACCGUACCGUUGGUUUGUCAUGGGACCUUCUCGAUCGGGCACGGGCAUUCACAUCGACCCACUGGGUACUAGUGCCUGGAAUGCUUUGGUGGUCGGACACAAGAGGUGGUGCUUAUUUCCAACACACACACCGAAAGAAUUACUGAAAGUGACAUCAGUAGAUGGGGGAAAGCAGCGUGACGAAGCCAUUACCUGGUUCAGAGUUGUGUAUCCCCGGACUCAACUUCCAUCUUGGCCAGAAAGCUGCAAGCCUCUGGAGAUCUUGCAGAAACCAGGUGAGACUGUAUUUGUGCCUGGUGGGUGGUGGCACGUAGUGCUAAACCUUGACAUGACGAUUGCCGUCACUCAGAACUUCUGUAGUCGUACCAACUUCCCUGUCGUGUGGCACAAGACAGUACGUGGCCGUCCCAAGCUGUCCCGCAAAUUGUACAGGGUUCUAAAGGAAAAAGAGCCAGCUUUAGUAUCUGUCGCCGACUCAGUGGACCUGAACACUAGCACUGGUGUUGCAUCAGAUAGUUCAAGUGGUUCUACUUCAAGUUCAAGUGAUUCGGAUGAUUCAUCAUGUUCAUCUUCUAGCGGUGAUGAUGAUAGUGGUCAGGAAUCACUCACAGCUCAUAAGAAAAAGAAGAGAAGGAAGCCGACUCAUUCACCAAAGAAUAUCUCGUAGUAAUUCUCUUGGGGUAUGCAUAAAUAGGAUAACUCGGUGAUACGAGAAGGUGAUAGUCGACUGGUGUUCCUAAGCCGCCUGUGGCCAGUUGUUUUUACUAUUUGUGGUACACUUGUUAUUGGAGCUGAUCUGCAGAUAUGGUCAAGUGAAUGUGGCAAGUCUUGUGGUAGCUGCUGUACUUUUAUCACAUUGCAAUCCCAUCCAAUACCUUUUGUUUUGUUGUAAUAAUUUUUGUGUAAUGCAGGGAAAUACUUGUCAGGCAGUAGGAAAACUUAAAAUUCGCAACAUGUUAAUUUUGGAGACCUGGUUACAGAAUGUUACGACAUGUGCACAUAGAAUGUGAACGUUGUGAAUGAAAUCUUUACCACCUCUGUCAGGAUUUAUUAAAAACUUGUAAUUAAUAAUUAAUGAAAGAUAAACAUUAUAAUUUAUUCCUACACAGUACGUGAAUUAUUUGAUCACGAUAUUACGUAUCUUCCUUUAGUACUGAAUAGAUCUUGUUCUGUAUGUCAGCGCUUUAUUUUUAUUUUAUUUCUGUCUCCCUAAUUUGAACAGGUCCGUACAAGUUCUUCUGGUCUUAUUCGUGAAAUAUUUAUCUGCAGGUGAUCACGGCUUUCACUUGGAGGAAGAAAAUUCUGACAGGUUUCCAAAAUUUCUCUGUGAAUGCAAUUUUCAUUUGUUACCAGCCACAUUUUCAAAGGAUUUAUUGGCUGUAAUUGUUUUGUCCCAUAGGCUAGUGACCAGACAUGAACAUAUGCUUACUAGAAUCUAAAGAUUUUUUUUUUGGUGGCAUUUAUGUUUUUACCCAAUAAAUUACUUGUGCUGCUAACAAGUUAGAGUGCAUCCAGUAUAUGAUGGUGAACCAGUUAAUAUGGUGUUGGUGUGGGACUUAAGAUGCUUUUGUGCAAACACAUCAGUUGAGUUUACUGCCAAGUAAAGCCAAUUAUGUAAUCUAUUGGCCUCAGUAAAGAAAAUUCUGUUUUCAGUA